UUAGAGUCUAAGUGGUGAGGUUUGGAACCGUUAACCCGGUUGUGCACUAAUCACCAUGGUUGACACCCUUAGUGGGAAGAGCACUAGCCCCCAUACCCAGGCUCAACAAGAGCAGAUGGCCGCCUUAGUGAAAGAGAAUAGGGAGAGGAAAGAGUUCCUGAAGCAAGCGAAAUUGAAGGCAAUCGCCGAGGAACAGGCGGCGAAAAUGAAGAAACUAGAGGAGGAGAUGGAGGAGAAGAAAAAAAUUGUUGAGGAAGAAGCAGCAGCAGAGGAUGCAGAAGAGAGAAAACGCAGGGAAGAGAAAGGGGAGAGUAGUGGCACGACGAAUGUGGAUGAAGAGAUGGAGAAGAAGAUCAGUGAGUGGAUCGCUAAUUUAUCGUUGGGGGAAGACGAGGAGGCACAGUUGUAUGUGCCACAGGAGGAGAAGGAAGUGUUUGCCAGGGCGCUAGCGACAAUUGAGUACCCCCUGGAACGACAAGAGGCAGAGGAGGGAAAGAAGUUGGAGUGGAAGCUGAGGAUGAAAAGGGAAAAGAAGAGAAGGAGGGAGGAAGUAAACCGCUUGUCCACAGAGGUGAAAAAGGUAAGAGCCUGUAGACAAAAGGUGCAAGCACAGACAGACGUUUCUGCCAAAAUGGAUAAGAUGUUGGGGUACUUGGAGGUGUUGAGUGAGGCCUGGCUGGAGGAGCGCCAAACCAUCCGGGGUCAAGAUGUGGCCCUGAGUGCCAUGCGGUCAGGAUUUCGAGAGUUUGCGCACGACACGGUUACCAACGUUGGGGCCGUAGUCAGGCGGUUGAGAGAUAACGUGGGGAAGUUAUGUGAAUGCGCCAUUGAGGGAGCCAAAGUCGUAGCUACCGUCGAGAGCAAGGCCAGACCUAGCAAGGAACCAGUUUAGCUUAAGUUCCCAGACGCGUACGGUGGGAAGCCUGAUUUUGAUAACUGGGAGGCUAGUGUAAACAAAUAUGUUUACUUACA